AUGCCAUCUCAAACGAUAAAUUUCCUCCUCACCUCUUUCCCUGGUUUGCCGCUGCCACCCACCCUCUCGUUCUCUCUCCCAUCCACUGCAACCAUCGCCGAUGUUGCGGACAACAUAUCCUCGCGUCUCCCAUCGUCUCUGAGGAAUGUGUCUUCACGUCUUCUCCUAACCACUACUGACAAUAAACAACUUUUGCCUUACUCUUCAAAUUCCAUCGCCUCCCUCCUCGACCACGCGCAAACCCUCUCGCAACACACAUUUAUCCCUCUUCGACUCAGCGCCAAAUUAUGCGGUGGGAAGGGCGGCUUUGGCUCCCAGCUUCGUGCUGCUGGAGGCCGUAUGUCUAGUCGCCGCAAGGGAAACCAGGAAGAGAACAACGGCUCGAACCGUAAUCUCGAUGGUCGUCGGCUUAGGACCGUGAAGGAAGCCAAAGCACUGGCUGAGUACCUUGCGCUCAAGCCCGAUAUGGACAAGAAGGCAAAGGAAGCCAGAAGAAAGAGAUGGGAGGCUGUGGUUGAGGCGGCUGAGAGACGUGAAGCGGAGAUUCGAAACGGUGAAGGCAAGGGUAAAGUUGAUGGGGCGUGGAUGGAAGAUAAGGAGGAAGUGGGUGAAAAAGCGAGAGAGGCUGUUUUGCGCGCAAUGAAAGAAGGCAACUGGAAAGAUAACCUGGCCGGAGCUGAGGUUCUAGGUGGGUCAAGUACCAGCGUCAGCAACAGUAGUGAAGAUUCCGGGUCUUCAUCGAGUCCGAGCGAUGGAAGCGAUAUGGAGGAUAUUGAACAGACAAGCACGAUUGCGAUCACACGACCGAAAUCAGUCAAGUCCGCCGCGCCUGUAAGGAGAUAUUUCGGCUUCGACGAAGAAGAUGAUGAAUUGACGAGUGAUGGAGACGGAGACGAGGACGUGGAUAUACCUGACGAAAAGGAAGUUGAAGGAAAGGGGAAGGGAAGAGCUUAAUUUCCAAUUAUGCAUGCAAUUCGUUUUUAGUCUUUUUCACGAUGCAAGGCGUUCAGAGUUUAAAUAUCGGUUUGUUAGCUUGGUUCAUACUGCCUGGGUUGGCUCUGUAUACAUAGGGGCUAGAU